CAGCACGUGUGCUGCACUGGUAUUUUUUUAGUGUAUUUUUGUAAAAACACAUUUUUUAUAUUGUGCCGCGUUCAUUGCUUUGCAAGAAACAUAAUGAAACGAUUGACCGAUGAACGCACUAAGAUUCUCUUUGAAAAACUUGCCAAAUAUAUUGGCCCAAACGUACAACAACUGAUUGAUCGUCCUGAUGGCACGUAUUGCUUUCGCGAGCACCGAGAUCGCGUUUAUUAUGUCUCUGAGCGUAUAUUAAAACUCAGCGAGUGCUUCGGUUACAAACAAAUUGUCUGUGUAGGCACAUGCUUUGGAAAAUUUUCCAAAACCAACAAACUGAAGUUCCACAUAACGGCGCUUUAUUAUUUGGCACCAUAUGCACAGUACAAGGUUUGGGUCAAGCCUUCCUUCGAGCAGCAGUUCCUUUAUGGCAAUCACAUACCCAAAUCAGGCUUGGGCAGAAUAACGGAAAACGCUGGACAGUACCAAGGUGUUGUUGUGUACUCCAUGAAUGACUUGGCUUUGGGAUUUGGCAUUCUUGCACGCUCCACUACUGAAUGUAAAACCGCAGAUCCGCUGACUACUGUUUGCUUUCACCAAUCUGAUAUUGGAGAAUACAUACGCGCGGAAGAUUCGCUAUUUUAGUUUUAAUGAAAUCGCAUUUUAAUUGUUUUGAUUUUAUAUUCAAGUAGUUUUACCAGGUUUGUAGCUUUAGCCAUAUUUAGAUGAUUUUGAAUAAUUAAGUUACCUAUAUUUAUAUAUUUUCAUUAAUCAAAAUUGGUUAACUUUACACAUGGUACGUAAAAUACCGCUAGGAAUUAGGAUAUGUUCCAUAUAUUUUCAACUCAACCGGUUUUAUUUCUUCAAUAGAGCUCAGUUUAUAUUUAAGAUUGUUAAUGAUGGUUAAAAAUUUGAAAUUCCUUGCUCAAACCGGCUUACAACCUUGUUUAAAUAUUUAGCAUAACCUACUCUAGUGGCAAGAACAUGUCUAAUGCCAAAUUGUGUUAAAAUUAACAAAAUAAAACACAUUGCUAUAUUGACCGAAA